GUAGGUGGGUGGGCGGGGCCAAGGUGCGGUGAGCUGCGAGGGGGAGCCGUAGCUAUGGCGACCAAACGAAUGGCCAGGCAGCUUGGUAUUCUUAAAACAAGUUCCAAAUCGUCACCUGGUGGUCAAAGUCAUAGUGGACUCAAACUGAGGCAGGAGUUUGCCUACUUAAUCAUCAUUGAUUUUGAGUCUACAUGCUGGAGAGAGAGCAGAAAACAUUACAGUCAAGAAAUAAUUGAAUUUCCAGCAGUUUUAUUAAACACCUCAAAUGGGGAAAUUGAAUCUGAAUUCCAUAUGUAUGUCCAACCUCAGGAGCAUCCAAUUCUCUCUGAAUUUUGCACAGAGCUAACAGGCAUUACACAGAAUCAAGUUGAUGAAGGAGUCCCUUUGCCUAUAUGCCUGUCUUCAUUUUCUAAAUGGAUUCAAAAGCUACAAAAGGAGAAGAAAAUAGUUUUUGAUUCAGUUCAGUCAAACGCUGCUUGUGAAGGAAAAUUAUGUGCUUUUGUCACCUGGUCAGAUUGGGAUCUAGGGGUUUGCUUGCAGUAUGAAUGCAAACGGAAACAGCUGCGGAAACCAGAUAUUUUAAACUCCUGGAUAGAUCUCAGGGCAACUUACAAGCUCUUCUACUCAAGGAAGCCCCAAGGAUUAAAUGGUGCUUUGCAGGAUGUGGGGAUCAUAUUCGCAGGACGACAGCAUUCUGGGCUGGAUGAUUCUCGGAACACGGCUCGCCUUGCCUGGCGGAUGAUCUGCGAUGGAUGUGUGAUGAAAACCACUAAAUCUUUGGAUAAGGCAACUCCAGCAAAGAACUCUAUUGCUAGAUUUCUGAGUGGAAAGCCUACUGAGGGCAGCCCUGUGGGAAGCAAUGAUGGUACAAAAACAUCCGAUUUGGACAAAAACAGACAAGGUGAAGGAACCGCAGUGAUUAAAAAUGACACUGGAGAAGAACAGCAGGAGUAUGUCCCUGUGUGUGUGUAUGGAAGCAUCCCCAUUACACCAAGAUAUGGGUCAAAAGCCGCCGGAUGCAGCCAUGUCCCAAGCUGUGCGACUCCAUGCACAGGCAGACUUGGUUCUCCUUUUGGCUGUCUUCAGCCUUCCUCUUUAGGUAUCCGAACUGGCCUAAGCAACGAUCCUCUGAUGGCGAAUUCCCCAGCCCAUAAUGCAGGACUUGUGCUGGUCUCAACUACGCUUUCCUCCGUCAACGUUUCCAAUAUGGAUAUCGGUACUACUUCUGAUUGUUUGUCAAUGUUGGCUGAUUGGGAGGAUUUUGCCUUAAUACCAGAAUCUCAGCAAGAUCAAAGUUCAGAAUGCGUACAGUUUCAGGAUGACUCAAACAAUCAGAGUUCACCAGUCUCAGGAGACAGAACAGAUAUGAGUGAAUCAGACAUGACAAAGAGGCAAUCUGAAAGUGUUGCUGAAGCGACUCCGAAUGUGGAACGCUCAGAGUCUGUUGUGUACAAAAGCCCCAAUACUACGAUCUAUUAUAAAGGUAUAGCUCCAAGUAAAUCUUCAAACACUUCUGUUUUUAAGCUCCCCACAGCAAAGAUAAAUACGUCUUCCUUGAUAUUAAAUGGAGAUCACCUUGCGUCCCCUUCUUCUGAAGCUCCAAAGAGGAAGCCUUCCAGUCCACAACCUGUUCCUCCAGCAAAAAAGCAGCCCUUUAUAAUAUAUGAAGAUAAAAGUGCAUCAUCUGCUAAUUCUUCCAGAAGCUCAGGAUCACAUCGAGUGCCCUGUGGCAUCUUAAACUCCUCCAUCAAUCAAAACCGAUCUUUCUGGUGUACGGAAACCAGGAAAAUGACCCCUCCUUUAUGCAAAUGUGGUCGGAGAGCUAGAAGGCUUCAAGUAUCCAAUGGUGGGCCCAAUCAUGGUAAAGCAUUCUACUGUUGCCCAGUGGGAAAACAGGAGGGAAACCGAAAGGGCUGUGGUUAUUUCAAAUGGGAGCAUACACUUCUAAAAGAGAAAUGCAUGCUUCCUUCCCCUACCUCCAGCACUGGAGGGCUUCCAUCUCCUGUAACAAUUUUACAUUCAUCGGGAAAUAUUCAAAAGAAAUGCCUGGCUCUCCGACCUUCUAUGCGAACCUAACAACACAGUCUCAGUUUGCAUCUGCUACAGUGUGUGUGCCUGCCAGUUAGGAGGGUACUAACUUUGUUUUCCCAGGAGCAUAAUUGUCCACAAAUAUAUUGUGGAGCUGAUGAUGCAAACAUUCAAGAAUCAAAGGGGCAGGGAUGGGCCACAGUGGGAGAGACAUUUAAACAUUCCUGAAUCUGGAGGGGUUAGACUCUGUGGUCAGGAUUAAUUGGAAUGGAGAACAGCUCCUGGGUUUGCCCGUUGCAAUGUGCUUAUUUUUUACACAUACCAAGCUUACAAUUAUGAAAUCCCUUUUUAUGACUAUAUACAUUACACUGAUAUUACCAGAUAACUGGAACCAUGCAUACAUCCUGGGAUUAAAAAUA